CCAUUAAAACUAUGCACUUUCUCUCUCUAAAACUGUCUCUUUUGUGUGCUUUCUCUCCCUAGAACUCGGAACCAUCUCUGAAAAUGUAAUAAACGAGACCCUUCCGUUUUCUCUUUCUCUCUCUGGAACUCGCCGGAGUAUAUAUCUCUCUCCAUUCUCUCCGGUUUCAGCCAAAAUCGCAGGUAAUUUCAUAUAUAUAUAUUAUAUAUAUAUAGAGAGAGAGAGGGAGGUUUUGUACAAGUUGUAGUUCUCUUUCUAGGUAUAUUUGCUGCUUCUCUCGGUCAUUGAUUCUUCAGUUUUCAAGCCCUGUCUCUCUUCAUUGAAAAUUUUAGCUCCGAAUCCGAUUAGUGAUUUUUUAAGAGCUCGAUCGUGUGCUAUUCUCUGGAUUUUCUGAUCCGCUCGGUUGUACUAAAUCGUUUGAUUCGUCUAGAUCAACUCGUUGAUCGAUUCACAGAUGUUGGAUGCGAAUUAAUUGUAGCUCAAUCCUUGAAAUAACUCAAUUGACAUAGUCAGAUAUAAUAUAGAGUUAUGCUGGACCUCAAUCUCAGUGUAGUAUAUGAUGAAAUCGGAGAGGAGUAUCCAGAAGGCUAUAUUGGAGGUCAAAUGGACGAAUCGGGCACUUCGAAUUCGUCAAUCGCGAAUGCCGAAGGUUCGAGCAAUGCCGGAGAUGACGACUCGUGCUCUACACGUGCCGGUGACACCUUCGCCUUAAAUUUCGAUAUCCUGAAGGUCGUAGAUAACUCCAUCAACAACAACGAUGAUGAAGGUAGCGAAAAUCAUAGGAUGACGCCCGAGUUUGUGACUCGACAGCUGUUUCCGGUGAGUGGAGAUACAGGUGGCCGGUUAAGUCAGGGGCAGAGUUCAGUACGUCCAACCUGGAAUGAUCUCGUGUUCAGUCAGGAUGGUUCUAUAGGACAUGAGAUAAGAAUAGCACAACAGCAACAACAUCAGCAGCCGCAAAAACAGGUGAAGAAGAGUAGGAGGGGACCGAGGUCGCGGAGCUCACAGUAUAGAGGGGUCACGUUCUAUAGAAGAACUGGUAGAUGGGAAUCACAUAUCUGGGACUGUGGGAAACAAGUGUAUUUGGGUGGAUUUGACACCGCUCAUACUGCAGCCAGAGCCUAUGAUCGAGCUGCACUAAAGUUCCGGGGUGUGGAUGCUGAUAUCAAUUUCAAUCUCAGUGAUUAUGAGGACGAUAUGAAACAGAUGGCAAAUAUGACUAAGGAAGAAUUUAUCCACAUACUUCGUCGACAGAGCAAUGGUUUCUCGAGAGGAAGCUCAAAGUACAGAGGAGUGACACUGCACAAAUGCGGCAGAUGGGAAGCUCGAAUGGGACAGUUCCUGGGCAAAAAGUAUAUAUAUCUUGGGCUAUUCGACAAUGAAGUAGAAGCUGCAAGGGCUUAUGACAAGGCGGCCAUCAAAUGUAAUGGAAAGGAGGCAGUGACCAACUUCGAAGCAAGUGCGUAUGAAGGACAUAUGAUCUCUGAGGCACAUAAUGGAGGUAGCCACCACAAUCUUGAUCUGAACUUGGGGAUUUCAAACCCUUCUUUUGAAGAUGGUCCAAAGGAAAAUGACAGUUUGGGGUGCUUCCAUUUCCUUCCUUAUGAUGUGCACGAAGCAAUGAGAUCUAAGAUAGAGAACUGUGCCACAACAACAGGAGGUAAUCCACCUCAUAAGGGUCUACCGGUGACAUCAGAGCGCGACCGUUACGUGUGGACUGGUUUAUAUCCUAAUUUCUUUCCCAACUACGAGGGAAGAGCAACAGAGAACAGAACUGAAAUUGGGUCUUCCCAAGGACCCCGAAACUGGGCUUGGCAAAUGCAUGGUCAGGUCAACCCUAAGCCAAUGCCACUGUUCUCUAAUGCAGCAUCAUCAGGAUUCCAAUCUCCGGUUACCACUGCUCCCUCGGCUUCCAUUUAUCAAUCAAGGCCUCCCAACUCAACGGCCCUCAAUCUCUGCUUCUCUUCAUCUGCCAUGGCUGCCACAUCCACCUCUCAAUAUUACUACCAAUUGAGGCCUCCACCACCAGGUCCACCACCAUCCUAAUCUGUUUGCUCUUUGCAUGAAGUUUGACUGGAAAUACAGUUUGAAUUGCUAGUCCCAUUUAUGUGAUAAUUUUAAACAUGAUGUAUUAGUCUGCUAUAAACUUGAAAAAAAAAUUAGUAUAU